AUGGAAAGCAUACAUGAAGAUCCAAAUUUUGUGUCCCUUCGAGAAUAUUAUUGUUAUAAACUUCAGAUUUGGGACAAUGAUGAAUCUUGGUUAUUACAUUUUGCUCGACUUCUACAACAAUAUAUUGUUGAUCAAUAUGUGAAGCUUGAGACACAAAGACUCGACUUCUAUAGAUUACAACAAGAGGAAAUUAGGAGAGAGUUCUUGAAAGGCAUAAUAGAUGCUUUAGGAUCAGGUAAGAGUCAAGCAUGUAAUGUUGGUCAGUGUAUCAUAUUACCACCAUCCUUUAUUGGAGGGCCAAGAAAUAUGAGACGUAAAUACAUGGAUGCAAUGACAUUAGUACAAAAGUAUGGUAAAUCAGAUAUAUUUCUGACCAUGACUUGCAAUCCUAAUUGGCCAGAAAUAAAAGAAUACUUAAUAGACAAAGAAGAGGCACAAAACAGACCAGAUUUGCUUGCUAGAGUAUUUCAUGCUAAGUUAGAGCAGCUUAAAGAUGAACUUUUGAAAAAAUGCAUCUUUGGUGAAGUAGCAGCUUACACUUAUGUCAUUGAAUAUAAAAAACGUGGACUACCACAUGCACAUUUCUUGUUAAUUUUAAAGUCAAAAUUCAAGAUGUAUACCCCUCAAGAAUAUGAUAAAAUUGUCUGUGCUGAGAUACCAAAUAAAGAGGAAAAUGAACAUCUAUAUAAUUUGGUCAUUAAACAUAUGCUUCAUGGACCAUGUGGUUCACUUGAUCCAACAAGUGUAUGCAUGAGAAAAAAUAGAACUUGCAAGAAUAAUUUUUCUAAAAAUUUCUGUGAGGAAACUAUUCAAACUCUGAAUGCAUAUCCUGAAUAUCGAAUGAGAGAUGAUAGAGUUCAAAUUAAGAUUAAAUCAGUUCUUUUAGAUAAUAGAUGGGUUGUACCAUACAAUCCAUAUCUUUUGGCUAAAUUUGAUUGCCAUCUUAAUAUUGAAAUAUGCUCUACAAUUAAGGCAGUCAAGUACAUUUACAAGUAUAUCUAUAAAGGUCAUGAUAGAACUAACUUCUGUGUAGUAAAUAAUAAAUCUGAUUCAGAAAUUGAUGAAAUUAAAUAA